UUAUUUCUUUCUAAGUUUGUUGAAAUGAAAUAUGAUGUUCUUUAUAUAUGACCGUACUUGCUAGAAACUUACCAAAAUGAAAAUUUACUAGCUAGAGAUCACAAACACUUUGUAAGUUCAGCUAUAAUCUUUUUUCAUCAUGGGAAUUACUAUGAAAUUCUCAAUAUCAUGGUUGGUGAUUAUCAUCCUCCAUUGUCUUCAUGAUGUAUCUGGUUACGAUCACCAGCUCUAUCUCGAUUACUAUAAAGAAUCAUGUCCGUUAGCAGAGGAAAUCGUUAGACGUCAAGUUGAGAUUGCUGUACUCAAAGAUCCUCGAUCUGCCGCUUCUCUUCUUCGCCUACACUUUCAUGACUGCUUUGUUAUGGGAUGUGAUGCAUCAGUUCUUCUAGACAGCACUAGUUCAAUGACAAGUGAGAAGCAAGCAGGUCCCAACUUAAACUCUUUAAGAGGGUUCAAAGUGAUAGACAAAAUCAAGCAAGUCCUCGAAGAAGCUUGUCCUAAUACAGUAUCAUGUGCAGAUGUUCUUGCCAUAGUCGCCCGUGAUGCUGUUGUACUGAGAGGGGGGCCAAGUUGGCCCGUUGAAUUGGGAAGGAGGGAUUCACUGAAAGCGAGCUUCAACGGUGCAAAUCGGUUCAUUCCAACUCCUAAUUCCUCCUUGGACGCUCUCAUUUCAAAUUUUGCUGCUCAAGGUCUGGACACCGGAGAUUUGGUUGCUCUGUCAGGUAGCCAUACUAUAGGAGUCUCAAGGUGUGUAAGCUUUAAACCGAGGAUUUAUGGGGAUACUUUAGAAGCAGAAAAUGAUCACUACAAAAGGGUCACAGUUUUUCAUCGAAUACUACGAUCGAUAUGUCCACAGUCAGGGAGAGACAACGCGAUAGUAUCUCUUGAUUUGAAGACACCGGGAUUCUUCGAUAAUCAAUAUUAUCGGAACGUUCUUGAAAGUAAAGGACUGUUAAACAGUGACAAUGUACUGAUUUCUCAAGACGUGAAAGGUGAAAUUUCGGCAAGAGUGUGGGCUUAUGCAUCUGACGAACAGUUUUUCUUCCGGUCCUUUGUGAACUCUAUAAUAAAGAUGGGGAAUAUCAAUGUGCUCACCGGUGAAGAAGGUGAAAUUCGUCGGAAUUGCAGGGUUGUGAACGUUUUGUGAAUUCACCUGCUGCGUUCCAGAUUUGAGUAGAAAAAACAAUGUACUUGCAAGACACAUUAUUAUGUUAUUGUUGUGGUAAAUUGCACUGACUUGAAAUAGAAUACCGAUGAAACACUAUGAUGAUA